AUGUCGGCAUCAAAUGCCCCAGGUCACCAGUCAUCCCAGCAAGUCGACCCCGCCAUAGAAAAACUUGUCCGCGAACACAAGUCCCUCAAAGCCAAGAUCGACGUCCUCGAGGCCGAAAACAAGGCCCUCAAAAAGUCCCUCUUCGAACUCUCCUACAUCUACUCUGCCCAACUUGGCUCAUCCAACCACCAGCCCAACAAUAACAACAAUACCAACUCGGCGUCGCGUCCACUCCACAACAGCAAUAACAGUGGGAUCUAUGGCGACGUGUCUGUAUCCUCAACAAAUACAUCAUUACCCCCCACCGCCAAUAAUGCGUUUAAUGCAUCAGGAUCCCACCACAACGACAUGGUCCAGGCAGUUGGGCAACUCUUAUCCAACAUGUCGGCGGCCCAGCAGAGUCAUGGCGCAGAGGCUGCGUCAUCCAAUCCGGCUAAUAGCUCUGACGCGGCCUCAAGGGGCACAGACGCGCAGCUCAAGAACGCAACGGACCUGAUCAAAGUCGAGGAAGAUGGCGUGCGCCGCCUGAACAUGGGCAAUAUUGUAUCGAGGCAGGAUGGGUCGUCAAAGUCGGAUGGCAGACAGUUUUUCUUGAAGAAUGAUUUGAAGGGACAUCAGGGGGCUGUGUAUGCAGUCCAGUACUCGCCCAAUGGAAAAUAUCUCGCAACGGGCUCCUUUGACAAGACUGUGAGGAUCUGGGAUGGCACCACAAAUCAGAACGAGCUCUAUGUGCUUAAGGGACAUGGACUCAACAUUUCCGAUCUGGCGUGGGGUCACGACUCGACCUUGCUUCUUUCAGGAGCGUAUGACAAAACAUGCAAGCUGUGGGAUGUGGAGUCUGGCAAGCAACUGGACAGCUUUGAAGGCGAAGGAUUUGUCCAAUGUGUGCGUUUCCAUCCUCAAGGUAUGGACGCGGUCGCAACUAUGAUCAUGGGUACCGUUGCUUGA